GAGAUUGUUCCUGAGCUAACAUAUCAAGAAAACCUUCAAGAGCAAGAGCAAGAAAUGCAGUCAUUUAGUCACAAGAAGCAUCAACAAGCUAUUCUUUCUGAUGUGGUGAAGACGCCUGAUUUCCUAUUAGCAACUGGUGCGGAGCAGGAAGCAGAAAAUGUGAUUAAAGACAAGGAUGUUGAGCUUGAUCUGACAGCAAGUGACCAAUCUUGUCGAACACAACCUGAGCAAAAGCAGCAGCAGAGGCAACUAGGUCUUCCGGGUAAACAACCAUCUGAAUCUUAUUGUGAAGGAGCAGAGGCAUCUAAAUAUCAGGAUGAAGACCAUCAGCCAGAAAAUGUGAUUAAGGAGAAGGCUGUACAGUCAAGUCACCUGAGUCUUGAAUUGACAGCAAGUGAGCAAUCCAGUCAAAGACAAUUGGAGAAACAGCAGCAACAACCGCAGAGGCGAUUACGUCCUCGAGGUAAAAAGUCAGCUGAGUCUGAUUGUGGAGUGGCAACGGCACCUGAAUGCCAGCAGGAGCAGCAGCCCAGAUAUCCAAUGCAGGAAAGAAUGAAGCUUGAUCAGAAACCAGCAGGGCAGAGUCAAUUGAGCCCAUGGUGCCAGAGGCACUCUGAGUCUGAACUGUCUCUCACUACAUCUAUGGUUGAAUUAUCACCAAGAAAAAGUCAGGAUACUGAAAGUCAGACAGAGGAAAAGACUCGAGAGCUGAAGACAUCAGCAGAGGAAACAGGCCAAAGACAGCUCCAGCAGAGGCAGCUUCGAACAAGAAGCAAAAACCUGUCUGAAUUCAAGCAAACAUCACUUUCAAAUACUGGAAUGUCACAAGUGGAUAAGCCAGGAGCCGAAGAUUCGUCUCAACUGAAAAGGCAGCCUCAAGUGGAAAAGCCUGGAGUUGGAGAUCCAUCUCAACUGAAGAAGAAGCAAGUUAACCGCUUAAAUAAGCGACAGUGGUGCACUCCAGAGCCCACAACAAUGCCCAACGCCAUUGGUGCAAUCGUCACUUACCAGAGACGGUCAAGUCAAACUAUAGAGCCCAACCCUGAAGCAUUUCAGGAUCUAGGACCAACACUCGCAGACCAUUUGGAGCAAAAAGAGAAUCAUCAUGGUCAACGAAAGAAGUUCAAAUCAGCAAAAGAAAGUCCUGAUGAGUUGGCUCUCACUUCCCAGCAUCUUGUGGUGGAUCCUCACAUUCUAGUAAAGCCUCCACUGCUCAAUCCAGCUGCAGUGGGACAAUUGCCUCAAACAACAAAAGAGCUGCCGCAGAAACAGCAGCUGCUGCACCAUAUGAAACUGCGCUCAUGCAGCCAAGCUGCAUCGCAAUCUGAACCUGAUGUUUUGAUUGUGGGACUAUUGCCUCAAACAACAAAAGAGCUGCCACAGAAACAGUUGCUGCGCCAUAUGAAACUACACUCACGCAGCCAAGCUGCAUCGCAAUCUGAACCCGAUGUUUCGAUGAUUGAUACGUUGCCCGCAGAGCACCAUUCUGAGCAGCCACAAGAACAGAAGCAUCCUAAGUGGCCACAGAAGCAAAGAGGGAGGACUCCUAAACCAAAACUGGACAGAGCUGGGCCUGUUAAGCGUCAACAGCUGCAGGAACAACCAAAAAGACGAGGGAGGCCCCCUAAGUUGGAUGUAAAUACUAUAUCAGGGAGAAAAUUGAUCUCAAAGAACAAACAGAAGCAACCAAAGAGUCCAGGGAAGGCAAAAUCUCGAAAAGUGAUCAAAGGAAAACUACAGAGUCAAGUGAGGGGAAAGCCUCAAAAAGUGACUCAAGGAACACCAAAGAGUCAAGUGAGGGGAAAGCCUCAAAAAGUGACUCAAGGAACACCAAAGAGUCAAGUGAGGGGAAGGCUUCAAAAAAUGUCUGAAGAAACAGUAAAGAGUCAAGUUAGGGAGAGGGCUCGAGAAGUGACUGAAGGAACCUAAGGAAGCAACUAUGGUAACUGAGACCUUUUGGCUUUUUUUUUUUUUUUGAAAGGAGACCUUUUGGCUUUUAGUAUCACUAGCUUUAUAGUUUGCUAGUUUCCAUCUUUUGACUUCAUUAAAUUGUGUUCCUGGGGAGUCCCUUGUGAUGAUGGAUGUCAAGAUGCUAGGUCAGAACAAAUCAAACACCAGAAGUAAUCCAUUUUCUUUUUGGACAGGCUUAUAAAUUAAAUAUCCCGGACUUGUUAUUCAUGACAUUCAGCAAGGUGCAUAUUUGAUCUUAUUUUCAGUCUUUUCUCUUCACUGUUGAC